AUGUCUCACUGCAAGUUCGAGCAACCCCGUCAUGGUUCUUUGGGAUUCUUGCCGCGCAAGCGUGCUGCCCGCGCCCGCGGUAAGGUGAAGUCUUUCCCCAAGGAUGACGCCUCCAAGCCUGUCCAUUUGACGGCUUUCCUUGGUUACAAGGCCGGUAUGACCCACAUCGUCCGUGAUCUUGACCGUCCCGGUUCCAAGAUGCACAAGCGUGAGAUUCUUGAGGCUGUCACUGUCUUGGAGACUCCCCCCAUGGUUGUUGUUGGUGUCGUCGGUUACGUUGAGACUCCUCGUGGUCUUCGUUCUCUUACUACCGUUUGGGCCGAGCACUUGUCUGAGGAGAUCAAGCGUCGCUUCUACAAGAACUGGUACAAGAGCAAGAAGAAGGCUUUCACCAAGUACGCCAAGAAGUACGCUGAGACCACUCAAUCCAUCACCCGUGAGCUUGAGCGUAUCAAGAAGUACUGCUCUGUUGUUCGUGUCCUUGCCCACACUCAAAUUCGCAAGACUCCUCUUACCCAAAAGAAGGCUCAUUUGAUGGAGAUCCAAAUCAACGGUGGUUCCGUUGCCGACAAGGUCGAGUGGGCUCGUGAGCACUUCGAGAAGACUGUCGAUGUCAAGUCUGUUUUCGAGCAAAACGAGAUUGUCGACGUUAUUGGUAUCACCAAGGGUAAGGGUGUUGAGGGUGUCACCACUCGUUGGGGUACCAAGCGUUUGCCUCGUAAGACUCACCGUGGUCUUCGUAAGGUCGCUUGUAUUGGUGCCUGGCAUCCUUCCAACGUUGGCUGGACCGUUGCCCGUGCCGGUAACAACGGUUACAUGCACCGUACUCAAUUGAACUCCAAGAUUUACCGCAUUGGUUCCGGUGAUGACGCUAAGAACGGUGCUACCGACUUCGAUGCCACCGAGAAGCGUAUCACCCCCAUGGGUGGUUUCGUCCGCUACGGUUCCGUUGAGAACGACUACGUUAUGCUCAACGGUGCUACCCCCGGUCCCGUUAAGCGUGUCUUGACUCUCCGUAAGUCUCUCUUCGCUCACACCUCUCGCAAGGCUUUGGAGCCCAUCAACCUCAAGUGGAUCGAUACUUCUUCCAAGUUCGGUCACGGUCGCUUCCAAACCUCUGCCGAGGCCAAGCAAUUCUUGGGUACCCUCAAGAAGGAUUUGGAGUAG